AUGCAAGUAAAGAUAAAAACUUUCUUUUUCUCUCUUGUUCUUGAUCUCUUUUUAUUCUUCCUUUUUACACCGUCUCUAUCUAUCUAUGUCAAUCUGUUCAUAUCUAUCUAUCUAUUUCUAUCUAUCUAUCUAUCUAUGUCAAUCUGUUCAUAUCUAUCUAUCUAUCUAUCUAUCUAUCUAUCUAUCUAUCUAUCUAUCUCUCUAUGUCAAUCUGUUCAUAUCUAUCUAUCUAUCUAUCUAUCUAUCUCUCUAUGUCAAUCUGUUCAUAUCUAUCUAUCUAUUUCUCUCUCUCUAUCUAUCUAUCUAUCUCUCUAUGUCAAUCUGUUCAUAUCUAUCUAUCUAUCUAUCUCUCUAUGUCAAUCUGUUCAUAUCUAUCUAUCUAUUUCUCUCUAUCUAUCUAUCUAUCUAUCUCUCUAUGUCAAUCUGUUCAUAUCUAUCUAUCUAUCUAUCUAUCUAUCUAUCUAUCUAUCUAUGUCAAUCUGUUCAUAUCUAUCUAUCUGUUUCUCUCUGUCUAUCUAUCUAUCUAUCUAUCUAUGUCAAUCUGUUCAUAUCUAUAUAUCUAUUUCUCUCUAUCCAUCUAUCUAUCUAUCUAUCUAUCUAUCUCUCUCUCUCUCUCUAUGUCAAUCUGUUCAUAUCUAUCUGUUUCUCUCUAUCUAUCUAUGUCAAUCUCUUCAUAUCUAUCUAUCUAUUUCUCUCUAUCCAUCUAUCUAUCUAUCUAUCUAUCUCUCUCUCUCUCUCUCUCUCUCUCUCUCUAUGUCAAUCUGUUCAUAUCUGUCUGUUUCUCUCUAUCUAUCUAUGUCAAUCUGUUCAUAUCUAUCUAUCUGUUUCUCUCUAUCUAUCUAUCUAUCUAUCUAUCUAUCUAUCUAUCUAUCUAUCUAUCUAUCUCUCUAUGUCAAUCUGUUCAUAUCUGUCUGUUUCUCUCUAUCUAUCUAUGUCAAUCUGUUCAUAUCUAUCUAUCUGUUUCUCUCUAUCUAUCUAUCUAUAUCUAUGUCAAUCUGUUCCUAUCUAUCUAUUUAUGUCAGUCUGCUCAUAUCUAUCUAUCUAUCUAUCUAUCUAUCUAUGCUAAUCUGUUCAUAUAUAUCUAAAUCUGUUCAUAUCUAUCUAUCUAUCUAUCUAUCUAUCUAUGUCAAUCUGUUCAUAUCUAUCUAUCUAUUUUCUCUAUCCAUCCAUCUAUAUCUAUCUCUCUCUCUCUCUCUCUCUCUCUCUAUGUCAAUCUGUUCAUAUCUGUCUGUUUCUCUCUAUCUAUCUAUGUCAAUCUGUUCAUAUCUAUCUAUCUGUUUCUAUCUAUCUAUCUAUCUAUCUAUCUAUCUAUCUAUCUCUCUAUGUCAAUCUGUUCAUAUCUGUCUGUUUCUCUCUAUCUAUCUAUGUCAAUCUGUUCAUAUCUAUCUAUCUGUUUCUCUCUAUCUAUCUAUCUAUAUCUAUGUCAAUCUGUUCCUAUCUAUCUAUUUAUGUCAGUCUGCUCAUAUCUAUCUAUCUAUCUAUCUAUGCUAA